GGGCUCCUGCCUGAGGACUUUUCCUUCCCCAGGUGCUGUCUGAUGGGGAGAUGGCUGAUGCCCAGAACAUUUCACUGGAUAACCCAGGGAAUGUGGGGGCCGUGGCUGUCCCUGUGGUCUUUGCCCUCAUCUUCCUGCUGGGCACAGUGGGCAAUGGGCUGGUACUGGCUGUGCUGCUUCAGCCUGGCCCAAGUGCUUGGCAGGAGCCGGGCAGCACCACGGAUCUAUUCAUCCUCAACCUGGCAGUGGCCGACCUCUGCUUUAUCCUGUGCUGCGUGCCCUUCCAGGCUGCCAUCUACACGCUGGACGCCUGGCUCUUCGGGGCCCUCGUCUGCAAAGCUGUGCACCUACUCAUCUACCUCACCAUGUACGCCAGCAGCUUCACGCUGGCUGCCGUCUCAGUGGACAGGUACCUGGCUGUGCGCCACCCGUUGCGCUCGCGGGCCCUGCGCACCCCGCGCAACGCGCGCGCCGCCGUGGGGCUGGUGUGGCUGCUGGCGGCGCUCUUCUCCGCGCCCUACCUCAGCUACUACGGCACGGUGCGCUACGGCGCGCUCGAGCUCUGCGUGCCCGCCUGGGAGGACGCGCGCCGCCGAGCCCUCGACGUGGCCACCUUCGCGGCGGGCUACCUGCUGCCCGUGGCCGUGGUGAGCCUGGCCUACGGGCGCACGCUGCGCUUCCUGUGGGCCGCCGUGGGCCCCGCGGGCGCGGCAGCGGCAGAGGCGAGGCGAAGGGCCACCGGCCGCGCGGGGCGCGCCAUGCUGGCGGUGGCCGCGCUCUACGCCCUCUGCUGGGGCCCGCACCACGCGCUCAUCCUCUGCUUCUGGUACGGCCGCUUCGCCUUCAGCCCGGCCACCUACGCCUGCCGCCUGGCCUCGCACUGCCUCGCCUACGCCAACUCCUGCCUCAACCCCAUCGUCUAUGCGCUGGCCUCGCGCCACUUCCGCGCGCGCUUCCGCCGCCUGUGGCCCUGCGCUCGCCGCCGCCGCCACCGCUCGUGCUGCCCGCCCGGGGCCCGCCGCGCGCUCCGCCGGGUCCGCCCCGCUUCCUCGGGCGCUUCUGGCCGCCCUGGGGACGCUGGGCCCCGGUUGGCGUUGUCGGCCGGGGGCGCCUGGGGCGCAGAGCCCAGGGGCGAGCCAGCACCCCGCAGAGGCGCGUCGAGAGCCCUGCCUGCCCUAGAACACGAGUAAACCUUGCCUGUCUGCACUCUUGCUGU